AUGUUUCUAACGGCAACACUUGGCACGUUAUUUCUCCUGGGAGUCUUGCCGUCUGCGGCCAGCGAGCGUCAGGGCCACAUUUCUGUGGUCCUCCUAGGUGCCACGGGAGACCUAGCCAAGAAGUACUUGUGGCAGGGGUUCUUCCAACUCUACCUGGAUGAGGUGAGCAAUGGACACACCUUCACGUUCUACGGGGGUGCCCAGGCAGAGCUCGAGCAAGGCCAGAAACUGAUGUUCGAUCGGCUGAAGAGACUGACGUGUCCGUCAGACGUGUCUCCGGACCGGUGUGCCAUGCUGAAGGACCAGUUCCUCAGGCUGACUCAGUACCGCCAGCUUAAGACCGCGGAGGGCUAUGCCACCCUUAACAAGGAAAUUGCUACUCUGCUCAGUCAGGAAGACCUGGAGGAAGCAGGCCGGAUUUUCUACUUCUCCGUGCCCCCUUUUGCCUACGCGGAGAUUGCCCGCCACAUCAACAGCAGCUGCAGGCCACGUCCUGGGGCUUGGCUGCGCGUGGUUCUGGAGAAGCCGUUUGGCCACAAUCUGAAGUCCGCCCAGGCGUUGGCGGAUGAGCUGAAGACAUUCUUCUGGGAAGAGGAGAUGUACCGGGUGGACCAUUACCUUGGCAAGCAGGCUGUGGCCCACAUCUUACCCUUCCGAGACCAGAACCGACGCUAUUUGGACCCGAUCUGGAACAGGCAUCAUGUUGAGAGGGUGGAAAUUGUCUUGAAGGAGACAGUGGAUGUGAAAAAUCGCACCAGCUUCUAUGAAGAAUAUGGGGUCAUUCGUGACGUCCACCAAAACCACCUCACUGAGGCCUUGAUGUUCCUCACCAUGGAGCUCCCAGCGAACGUCAGCAGCUCCAAAGACAUUCUACAGAGCAAGCUGCGGACUUUCCAGUCGCUGCGGGACCUGGAGAAAAGCAGGGCUGUGAUUGGCCAGUAUGAGGGGUACAACAACCACGUGAAGGAGGAGCUACAGAAAGGGCCGGACUAUUUCAGCCGAACGCCCACUUUUGCAGGGGUGCUGAUUAAUCUGGACAGCCUGCGCUGGGAAGGGGUCCCCUUCAUCCUCACCUCGGGAAAAGUCCUGGACGAACGAGUUGGCUACGCCCGCGUCCUCUUCAAGAACCAGGCUUUUUGCACCCAGAACGAAACAGCGUGGGACAGAGAGAGCAGCCAGUGCAAACGCAAGCAGAUCAUUUUCUACAUCGGCCACGGGGAGCUGAAUUCCCCUGCUGUCCUGGUGAGCCGCAACCUCUUUAAGCCCAUCAUGCCGGAAGGCAGCUGGAAGGAAGUCGUGGAUCGCCCAUGGCUGCAUCUGUUUGGACAGCCUCUCUCUGAUUAUUACACGUACGUCCCCGUCAAGGAGAGAGACCCUUAUGCGGUCCUCAUCUCUAGGAUCUACCACGGCAAAAAGGACUCCUUCAUCACCACUGAGAAUCUGCUGGCUUCCUGGGAAUUUUGGAGCCCGUUGCUGGACAGUUUAUCUGGGGAAGCCCCUCGUUUGUACCCAGGGGGCCCACAAAACAAACACCUCCUGGAUUUUGAGAUGGCAGGCGGAGAAGUGUCCUUUGUGGUGAAAGAGGCGCUGGAGGUGAUGCAGGCCAAGGACCAGCAAACUCCGGACCAGUACAAGACUCUCCAGUCCAGAUUCAGGCAAAACCAACUGGUAACCGCUUGGCCGGAAGAACUGAUCAGCCGUCUGGCAUCCGAUAUGGAAGCGGCGGCCGCCAGCGCCGUGGAGAGAUCCGGCCAGUUCCACUUAGCACUUUCUGGCGGAUCGAGCCCGCUGGCCCUUUUCAGGCAGCUGGCCGUGCACCACUACGGUUUCCCCUGGAAGCACACCCACUUGUGGCUGGUGGAUGAACGUUGUGUCCCCCUGACUGACCCGGAGUCCAAUUUCAGGAACCUGCAUGACCAUCUUAUCCAUCAGGUUCGGGUCCCCUACUACAACAUCCACCCCAUGCCUGUCCACCUCAACCGGCGACUCUGUGUGGAGGAUGACAAGGGACCGGAACUGUAUGCCAACGAGAUCGCCGCCUUGGUGACCAACGGCAGUUUUGACCUGGUUCUCCUGGGGGUCGGCAUGGAUGGACACACGGCUUCGCUCUUCCCGCACUCCCUUGUGGGCCUCGAAGGGAGCCCGGACGUGGUGUUCACGGAGAGCCCGGCCAAACCUCACCAGCGCAUGACCCUCAGCUUGCCGUUCAUCAACAAGGCCAAGCGGGUGUCCGUGCUGGUGAUGGGGAGGAGCAAACACGAUAUCGUGACCCUGGUCAGCAGGGUGGGGCACGAGCCCAAGAAAUGGCCCAUUUCUGGGGUCAACCCCAGUUCCGGCCACAUAGCGUGGUAUGUGGACUAUGAAGCUUUAUUCGGAUGAUCUGUCGAAAUCGCU